AUGCUGGUGGACUACAAGCAGAAGUGCCAAGAGCUCCAGCAACGGCUUGCCGAGGUCGAGGAGCUGAACGAGGUGGCGACGCUUGCGUUGUCGCGCACCCGGGCGGCGAUCCGCCGGUUGCGGUUGGAGCACGCCAUCCUCCUCGAACGUGUCGAGGAACGGGCGCUAGCAGUUCCUGAAGGGCUCAAUCUCUUUGAGGAGAUGGCGUGCCCUCCCAACCCCAUCCUGAUGAACGAGGCCCUCGGCGCCGCUGGCAUGGCCCGGUUAGGGGUGGUGAGACGCCCGGUGAAGAAGAAGGGUGCUGGCGGGGCUGGCGGGGCUGGCGGGCUGGCUAAGCACAAAUUGCGGGACCCUGCCCAACCCAAACGACCCACGAAUGCUUACUUAAUCUUCUGUGACUUGGAGAAGGAGCGGGUAAAGAAGGAGGCCGAGGCGGCGGGGGUUACCGGGGAUUUGCUGAAGUUGUUGACGGAAGCGUGGCGCAAAAUGAGCGACGAGGCCCGCAAGCCGUUUUAUAAGCUUUACGAAGACGACCGCCUCCGGUACCAGCGGGAAAUGGCUGAAUUUAAUGAUAAGAAGGGUGAGGGCGAGCCCGCUGCCAAACGGCCUAAGGUAGAAGAAGAAGAGCCCACCGCCCUGCAGGAAACUGCCACCACUGACGCUGCCGACGCCCCGGAGACCUAG